AUGUGUUUGAUUCGCUUGCUUCCAGAGAAAGCAGAUCCAGAAGGUCUUGUUUUGGUGUACGUGCAAACCAAACGAGGUACAGACGCUUUGGCUCAUUAUCUUAGUCAGUUGAACUUCCCUGUGGCUUCAAUCCAUGAUGAUGAUAGACCACAGACGUACACCAAUUUUGAUUGCUGCCGGGGAUUGGAUAUACCGAAUGUGAAGCAUGUGAUCAAUUUCGAUCUACCGUCUGAUAUUGAGAAGUAUGUGCAUCGAAUCGGUCUCACUGGGCGAGUGGGUCAGCCUGGAUCAGCCACUUCACUUUUUUCGGAACGUAAUCAGAACGUGAUUCGAGAUCUCGUGGAACUGUUGCGUGAGUCGAAACAAUCGAUUCCGCCUUGGUUCGAAGCUCGACUGACUUAUUCCAGUGGGGACAGCCGGCGUAGUAAGAACAACAGUGCCGCCAAAAAAACGCCGUCCAAACUACGGUUCUUUUAA